CGGCAAACGGCGCAUAUUUUUACAGUGAUGGAUAGACUGGGCAGUGGUCUGCUGCUCAUGUAAUUUGUAAGUGGUCAUUUGGAGAGCUGUUUAGCUCUAUAUCUUUGCAUGAGUGAUGUCAACGUGAUCCGUGGGGAGAAUGGGGCGCUAAUAAUGGCGAGAACGUGUUUGUGCGCUGUGCGCUUCUGGUCUAGUUUCUUAUCAGCGAGGAACCUUCGCCCUAAGCCCUACGCACAUGUGCAACCGGUUGAAGUGACAAGCGCUUUGUCGACGAGUGCCUUAACGCUCAUUUUCCUGAUUGGUUAUGGCGCUGAGCGUCAGAUCUUUAGACUUAGAGUCCAUCCAUGAUUUUGAGUAUGGGAGGUGUAUUUCCCCUUAGUAGACAGCUAGCUUUCUGCUAGACGUCAAAAUAAGUGCCGAUUUUUGCAAUGACUUGAUGUCGAUAACGCUGAUUGCUCGUUAGCAACGCAAGAUGACACUAAACUACAAGAUGCUGACUACUUUUUGCGUAUGGAACAGAAAGAUGCUAAAUUCAAGCAUGGCUCG